GCACGGUCUCAUCCAGACCCGUAUACACUGGAACUAUCGAUGUAUACUCUAUGCGCAAACACUCGGACGACUAGCUAUCCCGAGACAGUUCCUAGGAUACCAUAUAUAGUCUCCAUUCCCUUGCUCGGAAGUUUCCCUUCGUCUUCGUCUUCGCCCGCCUCAUCUCCUAUGGCCAUCAAAAACAAGGAGAGCGAUAACUUCCGUGUCAUCAGGACCCUCGAACCCUCGAACUCGGACGUCUAGCCAUCAGAUGGAUAACGGAUAUGGAGUUCAGUCCCGAGGUUGUCGUUGUUUGUUCCUCUUCGCGCGUAUGUUUAUCCUGAGGCUGAUGCGAGUGCUCUAUAUGGGACUGGAGAGGGUGAUGUGCGGUCUUCGAAGAAUGAAACUGGAGACCGUGAGUUUGAAUGAAGGGACAGAGACAGGUGUUACGGCUUCAUUUCUCGUACCCCUUCAUUUCUCUCCAUUCUCUUUGAUCUUCUUCGUCUCCGGAGGACAGCGACGGCGACGACAUCAGGGACAAGGAGAAGGUUCGACGCCUGUCGAUAGACUUAGAGCACGCGCUGGUGGAAGAUUUGACGAGGACGAAGGCUGAGAAUAAGGGAAUGGUGGGUUAGGAUGGGGAUGGAGGAGACGGGGGCGAGUGCAUGGGAGUGAAGAUGGUGGAUGGUGGCGUUACAGUUCCAGUUGGGUGAUAGACGUGGUGGUAACGCCGUUCUAGAGCUGGCGCGCGAGGGCAGCGGGGGUACAUGUGCAGGUGCAAGUGCAGAUGGCUCAGUGGGUUCAGAAGCAAUCGGUGCGUCUAAUGGGCAUGGGCGCGCUGACGAAAGGAGAACGGAGGAUGAGGGUGGUAAUCAGAACGAGGGCGAGAACUUCUUCGGGGAGGAUAACAAUAGCGAUGGUGAGUGGCGGUGGCGGUGGCGUUGAGGUAUCGAAGUCGGACUCGGAGCAAAAUCGCGAAGCCUCUCCUUCGUCGAACAUCCUCCGAAUCCAAGGUUGGUCAAGUUCGUGAGGAGGGUCGUCGGCUGAAGUUGGCGUGUUUCGAGGACCCAGAUGGGAUUGAGUAUGGCCAGAGGAUCGUCAUCUGUCUGGCCAGUAAGGAAACCCGACGAGCAGAGGACGUAGAAGGAAGGAGGAGAGCUCGAGAUAAUCAAGGGGAGCAAGUGCUGACGAAAUUCAAGGAGGCCAGGUCACCACUGCUAGCGUUGCACACCAAAUCUGGCCAUGGCGACGAGAUCAUUCACGAGCGAUUUUACCUCGACCUCGAGCUGUGGCAGCUGACCACGUCCGACAAACACUUGAACGAGCCGAAGGGGCAAAAAUUCGAGAGGAAUGUACAGGAAAGGACAUGAUGGCGUCGCAUCUGGGGGAUGUCGUGUCAUUCGUGACAUAGCGCUAGGGUCUUGUGCUGAUCAUGAGAGCGCUGAGAAUGAGGUCGGUGGAAAAUAAGAUACGUCCAAGACGUAUUCGGAGGCAGAUUUUUUCGGCUGGAGAGGGAUAUCCUCACGAGACAUUAGUCCUGCAUAGACUUCUGGGGCUAGCGGUCCGUGCCUUCGCCAAUAAGCUCGUGAAGCGGCCGGUUUUCGACG